AUGCAUUUCUGUGCACGAAUAAAAGGCCCAAAGGAUACACCAUAUGAAGAAGGUAUAUUCAAAGUAGACGUUGUUAUUCCGCCAAGAUAUCCUUUAGAACCACCCAGAAUGCAAUUCUUGACACCAAUUUAUCAUCCAAAUAUUGAUGAUGUUGGUAGAAUUUGUCUUGAUAUUUUAACAAUGCCUCCUAAAGGGUCAUGGAAACCUUCAUUAAACAUUUCUACUACACUAACAUCUUUAAGCAUCUUGAUGGCUGAUCCAAAUCCUGAUGACCCACUUAUACCAGAAAUUGUAUGGAAAUAUAACAAUUCAACAAUAAUGUGA